AUGACGAGAGUUCGAUGCGGUCAUUCGAAACGAGUCUAUGCUUCUCUGGUCCGACACAAACUUAUGUUCUUCAAAAACUCCGAGGAUACGGUUCCGUGUGGUUUCACUCAGUUGAAAGGAGCUCGAAUAAUGGACAAGCAGAAAAUGUCAUCGGAUGAGUACAGCGGCAGUAGCGACGAGCAAAAUCCUGACAAAAAUUCACAGUCAAAUAAAAAGGACACUUACAGCCUUAGCAUUGAGAUGGCUAAUGAGGAUCCAAUUUACAUAGUGCUGAGGAGCAGUGAAGAAAAGGAGAAAUGGCUGUACUUUUUGCGAGCUGCCAGCGGCGAUGCAACCCUGUGCGGAUCUCCAUUCGCUAUUCUUGUACAGCGGAUGUUGGCUGAAGGAGGAGCACCAGAUUCACCAUUAUGGAAUGAUUUGCUUCUGACAUCCUGUGAUGACACACCAAAGGACACGCUCAUGGAUUUCGAAGGGCCCGACAAGAAAAAAGCACUCGAAAUAGCCAAG